CACAUCCAAUGCGGUAAGCCCUACGCCAACAGGUACCUACUCGUACGGCGUCGUGCAACAGAAUCGGCAUCGUCAUCCACUGAGCCAUUUCGCUUCCGAAAAGCUCAAUGCGCGUCAAAGUCAAUAUUACCACUAGCAGUAAUAAGGAACAUCAGCCAGCCCGGCCCUCCACGGGCACCGCCGAUGGUGUUCCGAGUCGUUGCGCUUGGCAUCGACCAGCCGAGUGCAGCCUGGCGUGUUGGCAUGGGCGGAUCGAAGAGGGCUGUCGCUUGGCCCUCGCAUUCCCGCAAGCUCCAAUCAUUGCCUGCUACGUGCAUCCAAGCUUCCAGCAUCCAGAGCGUGGAUUUCCGAUGUCGUCCACGUCCACGACGGCCUCAAAUGCAAAGAGCCGACCUUGGACGCCGGUGACAUGCCGCGAUAGCUGCUUCUACGAGUACGGGCAAUGUACCUACCGCGCCGGCGUGUGGAUCACCUCGUACCAAGUGCACGCUUGUACCUUGCGAUUACUGCUCCGUACUACGCUCAAAGACGGCCAAGCUCGAGCACAAUCGUCUCCGAUCCCAGAAACAGCGUCCCAGUUCCGUUAGCCGCGCUGGGGAGCGAGCAGACGAGCGCCCCAUCGUGUCUCCACGGCAAUGACAGCAAUGCGUUUCGCUAUACGGAGCUCUUUCAUAACGACCCCCUGGUGAACUCAUGGUACCGUGGCCGUUGCCCGAGUUUCCUCAUCGCUAACGACGGUCCCUUUGCUCUGCGAGCCCCCCUUACCAGCAAAUUUAUUUGCUAAUUACUAUCCAAUCCUCACCUUGGAUCCCUGGCCAGGAAAUGUUUGGGGAGGCCAGUACGGAUACGGAAUGCUGCCACCUGAAGAAUGCCGUGGUAAAGCGGGAAAGGCGACAGCAGGUACUCCAGCUCCAGCUACCUUGCUAGCACCAGCAUAGGUACCGUCUUCCAGAUAAUAUUACAGAUCCAUUCUGCGUUAUUAACUGGCGGUACUGGCAUCUGGGAAGAGGCAUCGCCGGUUUCGUCUGUGUUCGAUGUUGGGU